AUGAAUGAUCAAGAAACAUCGGACACCAAUAAAAAUGAUCUCAUUUUCGCUCAACCAACAUUUAAUAUAAAAGUCAGUUUUUUUUUCUUUUCACUUUGUUGGUUUUUCAGAUUUCACUUUUUUUUUCUUCCAAGAAGAACAAACAAGCUGUUGUUUUCUCACCGUUAAUUUUUGGCAAAUAUGUACAUUCAAAACAUUAUUUUUGGGUGAAUCGUAGAACAGGCUCACAUUGAAAUCCUAUCAAAUUUCUUUCCAAAUACAUAUUUUUUGCAGAGCGACACUGAUCUCAUCACAACCGUCGCACAUCUGAAAAACUCCCCAGUUGAAAAUCACCCACUCAUCUAUUCGGAUCCAGAAUUAACAACUCAAACUAUGAACAACCCAUCUGCAGAUGAAGAUCCCGAAGUUGACAAUGAGCAAGCUCCGAUGAUUGAUCCUGGAGUUGUGAGUGUUGCACCAAGUGAAAAAUCUGUACAGGGAGGUGAAACUCCAUCAAUGGCUAAAAUUCCGAAGUGGGUUAUUUUUUGAUAUUUUUUUAUCCGCAGAACUUUCUCUCACAUGAAAAGUGAUUUAUUGUUCGAUAGACUCAGACUUGUUUUUGUUUCUUCUUUUUCUUUUUCAAUUUUCAUUGUCAACCAUAUGGUUUUGCCUCAAAAAUAUAAACAAUAUAUUGACUCAUAUUAAAGCUCUCUUUGUAAAAAAAAACCUCUGUGACAAAAAAUAAAUAUUGUAUGUUGUUUUAAUGGUUUCUGCACAUUAGACCGAAUCAGUUAUUUUGGAACAAAAAAAACUCUCUCAAGGGAAGCAGAUUCGGGACUAGAAGAGAGACGGGAUUUUAUCAUAGAAAAUUCAAAACUUCAAAGAAUUUUAUUUUCAAAGACAAUUUUUUAUAUGAAUAAAUUUUUAUGUGAAAACUUUUCAAUGUUCCUUUGAAAAAGUUUCCUUUGAAAAUCGGUAUUGAAAGAAAAGAGAAAAACGUUUUGAAUGUUAUGUAAUCGACGCUGUUGAAAACCCAUGUGAAAUCUAAAACAUCGACUAAGUAGAAAACUUCCUGGAGAAUCUUGUUUCGAAGUCAAAAAUAGAUGUACUUUAACGUUCAUUAUAAAACUGACUCUUUCUACUUUCCACAUUCUGAAAACAAGAAAAAUUUUUCGAAUUUGUUUUCAUCUUGUUAAAGCUGAAAAAUGUUUAAAGCCAUGUUUUGUAUUACACCUCAUGUCAACAUGUUCUGUUUCCCAAUCCCCCCAAUCAUUUUAUAUCAAAUGUCUUACAGUGGUUCGCAUCUCAGAAGUGAGCUCGAAAUUCGUGAGCAACAUUAUCAACAACAACAGCAAUAUGCAUCAACAAAAACGCCAAAAAGCUCGAAGACUAACUGAUAUUGAUUUCGAAGGAAUUCUCAAACUUAUCGGAGGAUGUUCUUAUUGGCAAAUUAUUGUUUAUUUGAUGAUUUCAGUUCAACAAGUUCCUCAUGCAAUGUUCAAUUUAUCAGUUGUUUAUAUGAUGUAUCAACCAGAUCAUUGGUGCAAAGUAUGUUUGUUUACUCAAAAGAUUUUCAGAAAUUUUAAUCUUGAAGUGACUGUUGUUUUCACUGCUUAUCGUAAUUUUGUACAAAAUCAUACACAUUUUCAGAUCCCAUUUUUCAACGCGGAAGCCUUUUCUGCUGAGACUGGAUACACAAACUAUACUUGGGAUCAAGUUCUUGGCUCAUCAAUUGCAUUUCCUUGGAUAAAUGAUACAAGAAGAGACACAACUUACCAUGACAGAUGUAAUUUUUACAAAAGGGAUUAUGUGCAUAUCAAAUUAUCACCAUGGGAACAAGUCAAAAACUUAGCACCUGCAGAAAUUGUACGGUGUAAAGAAUGGGAAUAUGACAAAUCAAUAAUGCAAAAAACAGUUGUAACUGAAUGGAAUCGAGUUUGUGAUAACAAUUGGAGUCGAGCUCAUGUUCAUUUAAGUUAUUCUCUUGGUUAUUUGCUCGGUUGUCUUGUUGGUGGAUUUGUUAGUGAUCGAUACGGUCGGAAAACUGCAAUCUAUGGUUUUGGAUGUCUCACAUUGAUUUUCGGAUUUCUCUUAACUUUUUCAAAGGAAUUUGAAAUUUUCCUGGUGGUCAGAUUUUUGUUAGCUGCAUCAAAUGAAGCUUCCGAUCUUGCUGCAUAUGUCUUAUGUAUGGAGAUCACCGGUGUCAAAUAUCGAAGUAUGGUUGGCUCAUUGUUGCAAGCACCCUGGGCUUGUGGAUAUGCAUUUUUAGCGUUGAUUGCCUAUAUAACAAAAUCCUGGACCGCAAUACAUGUGAGUUUUUUUUUGAAAAGAGAGACUGCAUGAAUUGGUAUAUGAAUUUCAGAUGAUCACAGUAAUUCUCCAUUUGAUUUCCAUGAUUUUGAUUCACUUUCUUCCCGAAUCUCCAAGAUGGCUUAUUAUGAAUGAUCGAGUGAAAGAAGCUGAAAAAAUUAUUCGAAAAGCUUGUCACUAUAACAAAAGUCGUUUGCCAAGUGAUCUUGGAUUGGUUAGUGAUAAUUUUGAAAAUUCAGAAGUUAAAAGAGAAAAGUGUUUUCAGAUUCGACACGCUGAAAAACGCAAAUGGAUGAAGCGAAACGAACGGCCAUCAUAUUUCCAUAUUUUCAGAUCAUCAGAACUGUUUUUCAGAAACAUGGUGUUAUUUAUAGUUUGGGUAAGUAGAAUGUCAUACAUGACCUUUAAAAAAAUCUCUUAUUUUCUCAGAUUGCGACAGCUUUAGUAUAUUAUGGAAUUGUCAUUGCUUUAUCAGAUCAAUCGUCUCCAGGAAGACAAGUUUUUGACGGAAACUUUUUCCUGAACAACGCAAUUGCUGGUGCAAUUGAGCUCCCAACUUUGUUAUGUUGCGUAUUUUUAUUGAAAAUGGGAAGAAAGAAAUCGCAAAUGUUUGCACUUUUUGGAGCAAGUUUUUCACUUCUAGCAGCAGUUAUAACAAUUCACAAUAAAUCGAACACGGUGAGAACAAUCUCUGAUUUAGAAAAAAAAAAUCAAAAGUGUUAUUUCAGCUUUCUCUCCUUUUCAUGUUAUUGAGUAAAGCUUGUAUUCAAGGAUCAUUCAAUAUUUUGUACAUUUUCACUUCUGAACUCAACCCAACUGUCGUGAGAAACACUGCUGUUGGAAUAUCAUCAAUGAUUGCAAGAAUGGGAGCUGGAGCAUCUGGAUAUAUUGCCAUUUUGUCAGAUGUUACACUGCCGUUGGUUCCAAAUAUUAUUUUUGCAAUAUUUUCAUUGGUCGCUGGAAUGUUGGUUUUGUUAUUGCCAGAAACACAAGGAUUGCCGUUGCCGGAGACUAUUUUGGUAAGGGGAUUUGGGAGGGAAUGAAAUUGAUUUCGCAAUAUUUUUUUGUAAUUUGCCAAAGAAAAUUCUAUCAUUUUUUCACAAAAAAUUUUUUGAAACUUCUAUCGAAUAAUUUUUUCUAGGAUUCUGUUCAAAUGAUUCAACGAAACAAAAAACCAUGCGGCGAUAUUUCUGGAACAUUCAUUGGCCCAAAAGACGAGGAUACAACUCCAUAUAGUCCAUCAAAAAAGCUUCCAAUCAUCACCGAUGAAGAAGAUAUUUCCGAGAAAAGUGACCCAUCAUCAUCUUCCAAUUAA